AUUACAGCAGUCACAUUUUGACAUUUGCUGAGUACAGUUUAGAAAAUUUAUAGUGUGAAAAAUUCUUGAAUAUUCGCAAGCUAAAUAUAAAAAAAGAGUUUCAGUAAAAAUAUAAUAUACAACUUAACUGAAGUGUAAACAAACAACAAGUGAGGAAAAUCAAUGCAACAACGUACAACAGAUAGGAAAUAACAAUUCUGAGUUCAACCGAAAAAUUGCAAAACAUACUGUGGAGAAUUACAUAAUUUAAUUUUUAAAUAACACUAGAAAAUGCAAAAAGGAAUGGAAUUCAGCAGUAUACAUGAGAUUUUGAGCAAUUUAUAUUAAAUACAAAUCAUUGACGAUUUGUUGAAUUUUUUCACGACUGAGCUAACGGGUCGAUGAAAUUUCAUCAUCAAUACAGAGACAGAGCCGAACACAAUAUACAGUCGUGAGCAAAGAAAACGAUUCAUAAGCAGAAUUUUUCAUAUACAUAUUGAACUAAAAAGAAUUGCAGCAAUUAUUUACUUCACGGGAAGAUGUUUAGCAGUCAUUUUACAAGAACAUUAACUAUAACACUGAAAGGCGAAAACGGGAGCUUUUUAGUUAAUAAAAAAGACGAAACCAGUGCCAGAACUGAAUCGAGCAGCUUAGCGGAGCAGUUACGCACAGUGAAUAAGGAGUUCCUUUGAUCAAACACAAAUUAGAAUACGUAUAUAAAAUAGUAUCUAUUAUAUAGUUUGACACUCAUUACAAUUAGAAACUAAAAAAUUGCUGCGGGAACAGCACAUUCGCCAAAGAGCUAUGAAAUUUUUGAUAUAAAACUAAGCGAUAAAUCAACAUUAGAAUUAUUGGAUUGAGUGAAUGGAAAAUAAUUGAUUUGCUGAACGUAUGAAAAUUAUAGCACAGUUAUAAACUGCAUUAAGGAACUUAGCAAUUAUUUAAAAAGGUAAUAAACAAACUAUCGCGAGCACAAAGGAGAGCUGCAGUUCGAGUAGUCGAUUUGAAAGAUAAAAGGAUUCAUAUACACAGUUUGUAUAUAAUCGAUAUACGAGUGUCCAAUUGGACACGAAAUCGUCAAAAAUUACCGACAACAAGAGAAAAUCAACAACAAUUUCGUCGAAGGAACAGGAAGAUAAAAAGGAUUCUGCAGAAAUGGCUGCCAUGAACACAAAGUCUACCAAAUUUGGAGGGAAACUGAAUUUAUCUUCGCAUGUAAAAUAUGAGCAUUUAGUGGCUGGCAUUUCGGGUGGCGUAACAUCGACGCUAAUAUUACAUCCAUUGGACUUGAUAAAGAUUCGCUUUGCUGUGAAUGAUGGACGUACAACCACAGUACCACAAUAUAGCAGUCUGAGCAGCGCAUUCUCGACCAUUUUCCGACAGGAAGGCUUCCGCGGUCUGUACAAGGGUGUCACACCCAAUAUCUGGGGUUCAGGUUCCUCAUGGGGUCUUUAUUUCAUGUUCUACAACACAAUUAAGACCUUCAUUCAGGGUGGCAAUACGGCACAGCCAUUGGGUCCGACAUUGCACAUGUUGGCCGCUGCUGAGUCUGGUGUGCUCACGCUGAUACUGACAAAUCCCAUUUGGGUGGUGAAGACCCGUUUGUGCUUACAAUAUGGCGCUGAGUCUGCGAGCAAAUCCACGGAAUAUCGCGGUAUGGUAGAUGCGCUGGCGCAGAUCUACCGCAAGGAGGGUGUACGUGGUUUGUACAGGGGCUUUGUUCCCGGCAUACUUGGCGUAUCGCAUGGUGCUUUGCAAUUCAUGACCUAUGAGGAGAUGAAGAACUAUUAUAAUACGUACCGAAAAUUGCCGAUCGAUACGAAAUUGGCCACUUCGGAGUAUUUGGCAUUCGCUGCUAUAUCGAAGCUUAUCGCCGCUGCAGCCACAUAUCCCUACCAGGUGAUACGUGCACGCAUGCAGGAUCAUCAUCUUAACUAUACGAGCUCAUGGGAUUGCAUUAAGCAAACAUGGAGAUAUGAAGGCGCCGUCGGUUUCUACAAGGGUAUACAGGCCAGUUUGACGCGUGUGCUGCCGGCGACGAUGAUCACGUUCGUUAUGUAUGAGAAUGUUUCGCACUAUUUGUUACAAAGGUCGAAGAACAAAGCAUGAGGACGCCAAUCAAACGUUCAACAAAGUGAUUAACAUAGCCAAAAAUAAACAAAAUUCCUUCAAUUGAAAUAUGUAGCUUUAUAACGUCUUCUGUAUAAGUUUUUAGUUAUACUUUAUUAUUACUUAAUAAUAUGCACUAAUUAAGCAAGUCACUAUAAUUUUAAUAUAAUUAUGCCAUAAUUAGUUACUACUAUCGUGCUCUAUGUAUAAAAAUAUUAUAAACUUUCAAUUGGCCUGCGUUUUAUGCGUGUUUUCAGCACCUAAACACCUUUCUUCCUUGCCUCUGUAAGAUAAUGCUACGCACAAUUGGUAUAAUUGUCUAUCGGGUAUGCUAUUUAACCUAUCAAACUCGGCGAUGGUCAAACUUCAAAAAAUCCCUUUCCUUCUACUAAUUUUAAGAAACACUUGUUAUAAUUUGUGUUUAUCAAACUUCACGUAAGUGUUAAAUUUUACUUGUGAAAUAAAGGCAAAUGCUUUGAAAUGUGAUACAACGAAAAACAAA